AUGGGCGAAGGGAGCAUCACCAAAUUCUUCCAGAAAAGGUCGCUCCUCCGCUUCGUGCAGAAAUAUCAGCCCCUGGGAAGCGGCGAGCCGGAAGAGGAGCCCCAGGAGGAGUGUGAGCUGAAAAUCAUCCAGCAGGAGAAUGAGGUGGCAGUCCUGCCCCCGAAGGACGCCUGUAAAUGUCACAAGGAGGACUUGGCAAGAGCUCUAAACGUUGAUUUACAGACUGGACUCUCUGAGUUUUCUGUGCUCCAGCGCCGGUCAAAACACGGCUGGAAUGAAUUUUCAGUAGAGAACACUGAGCCAAUAUGGAAGAAAUAUCUGGACCAGUUCAAAAACCCCCUGAUCCUCCUGCUGCUGGCCUCAGCUCUAGUGAGUGUCAUCACCAAGGAGUACGAGGACGCUGCCAGCAUCACCAUGGCCGUGCUCAUCGUGGUCACCGUGGCCUUCAUCCAGGAAUAUCGCUCGGAAAAGUCUCUGGAAGAGCUCAACAAGCUGGUGCCCCCCGAGUGCAACUGCCUAAGGGAAGGAAAACUGCAGCACCUUCUAGCACGAGAGCUGGUGCCUGGAGAUAUCAUCUACCUGUCUGUGGGUGACAGGGUUCCUGCAGACCUCAGGCUCAUAGAGGUUACAGAUCUGCUGGUGGAUGAAUCCAGUUUUACCGGAGAAGCUGAGCCUUGCAACAAGACUGAGGGUGUCCUGCUGGAAGCUGGGGACAUCACCACGCUGAGCAAUGUGGUUUUCAUGGGGACCCUGGUGCGAUACGGGAAGGGAAAAGGCGUGGUUAUUGGCACGGGUGAAAAUUCCCAGUUUGGCGAGGUGUUCAAGAUGAUGCAGGCUGAGGAGACUCCCAAGACACCUCUGCAGAAGAGCAUGGACAGGCUGGGGAAGCAGCUCACCCUGUUCUCCUUUGGGAUAAUUGGUUUGAUAAUGCUCAUUGGCUGGCUGCAAGGGAAGCAUCUCCUCAGCAUGUUCACCAUUGGAGUCAGCCUGGCCGUGGCUGCCAUCCCUGAGGGCCUGCCCAUCGUGGUCACUGUCACCCUGGUGCUGGGAGUGCUGCGCAUGGCCAAGAAAAAGGUGAUUGUGAAGAAGCUGCCCAUAGUAGAAACCUUAGGUUGCUGCAAUGUCAUCUGCUCGGAUAAGACGGGCACUCUGACUGCCAACGAGAUGACGGUGACGCGGCUCGUGACCUCGGACGGCUGCCAGGCUGAGGUCAGCGGGGUGGGCUACAAUGGAGAAGGAAAUGUUUAUCUUCUGCCAUCCAAGGAGAUCCUUAAAGAAUUUUCCAACAUCUCCAUUGGGAAACUCGUGGAGGCUGGCUGUGUAGUCAAUAAUGCUGUUAUCAGGAAAAACAGUGUGAUAGGACAACCCACAGAAGGAGCUCUCAUCGCCUUGGCAAUGAAGAUGGAAUUAGCUGACAUAAAGGACAUUUAUGUAAGAAAGAAGGAAAUUCCAUUCAGCUCCGAGCAGAAGUGGAUGGCUGUGAAAUGCACACUGAAAAAUCAGGAUCAGGAAGAUAUUUACUUUAUGAAAGGAGCAUUUGAAGAAGUUAUCCAGCACUGCACUCUGUACAACAGUGGUGGCAUCUCGUUGUCACUCACACCCCAGCAAAAAGCCCUCUACCAGCAGGAAGAGAAGAGAAUGGGCUCCUCAGGACUUCGAGUACUUGCUUUGGCUUCAGGUCCAGAACUUGGCAAACUAACAUUUCUAGGUCUGGUUGGAAUAAUUGAUCCCCCAAGGGCUGGGGUGAGAGAAGCUGUUCAAAUCCUGUUUGAGUCUGGUGUGUCAGUGAAGAUGAUCACUGGGGAUGCCCUGGAAACAGCUGUGGCUAUAGGACAGAAUAUUGGUCUCUGCAAUGGGAAGCUGAAAGCCAUGUCUGGGGAGGAGCUGGACCAACUGGCAGAGGCAGAGCUCUCCUCCACUGUCCAAAAUGUUUCCAUUUUCUUCAGAACAAGUCCAAAGCACAAACUAAAAAUAAUAAAGGCCUUGCAGAGGGCCGGUGCUGUGGUGUCAAUGACAGGGGACGGCGUCAACGACGCCGUGGCCCUGAAAUCCGCGGAUAUCGGCAUCGCCAUGGGACGGGCGGGGACAGACGUCAGCAAAGAGGCUGCCAACAUGAUCCUCGUGGACGAUGACUUCUCAAAAGUCAUGAAUGCAAUAGAAGAGGGAAAGGGAAUAUUUUACAACAUAAAAAAUUUUGUCCGGUUCCAGUUGAGCACGAGUAUUUCAGCUUUGAGCCUAAUUACCCUGUCAACAGUGCUCAACCUACCCAACCCCCUCAACGCUAUGCAGAUCUUAUGGAUCAACAUCAUCAUGGAUGGGCCGCCAGCACAGAGCUUGGGCGUUGAACCUGUUGACAGGGACACCAUCAAGCAGCCCCCCCGCUGCAUCACGGACACCAUCCUCAGCAAAUCCCUGAUCCUGAAAAUCUUCAUGUCAGCAAUCAUCAUCAUCAGUGGAACCCUCUUUGUCUUCUGGAAGGAGAAUCCAAAAGGGGGCAUAACUCCUCGAACCACAACAAUGACUUUCACCUGUUUUGUGUUUUUUGACCUCUUCAAUGCCCUGACAUGUCGCUCUCAGACAAAGUUGAUAUUUGAAAUCGGCUUUUUCCGAAACCGCAUGUUCUUGUAUUCUGUGCUUGGGUCGUUUUUGGGACAGCUGGCUGUUAUUUACAUCCCUCCACUACAAAAGAUCUUCCAGACAGAGAAUUUAGGAGUGUUAGACCUGCUGUUCCUCACCGGCCUGGCUUCCUCAGUGUUCGUGCUGUCCGAGCUCGUCAAACUCUGUGAAAAGCGCUGCUGCCCCCCAAAGCACACACAGGGACGUCACAACUGACUGACUGCUCUAAAACACACCUGGAACAGAGCUGUGGGGCUGGAUGAUCCCAAUCCACGGCUUUGUGACCCACACACCCUUCCUGAAGGUACUCAAGUGCAGCUGCACCAACAGUGCUGACACCAGAGACCCUUCUACCCCCUCCACGUGAGCUGUCUGCAGAUACCUCCAGAGUGGCUCCUGUUUCAAACCAAGAGCAGGUAUAUUUUUAUAACACUGAUCUGUGUUCCAGAAGACUGAGCAAGUCCCAGACAAAAAAAAAGAGUUUCAAACCUGUACAGAAAAAUCUAUUGUGCACAAACUGAAAUUUUAUUUAUUUAAAUCAAAAUCAUUUUUAUUAAUAAAAUCUACAUUUUAAAAUGUUACAGACAAGUA